CUGAAAUAUAUACCCCAAUUUGACCAUUUCUUUAAUAUCGACACCGGAUGAUAAUUAUCUGUCAAAUGUCGACACCCGACGACCUGACAACGUAGAUACCUCGAAUGAGAUCUCGAGUUCAAGUCUUAUAUUGGUAUCAUUUAGAAAGCGGGAUAUGGAACAGAGCGGCGAGGAGAUGGAGAGUGUUACGCAUACCAUUUCAUCUACAAUACCACAAGACCAGCUUAGCAAUGGCUUGACGAAGUCACCGAGACCGAGGAAACGCUCGGCAGCAGCAGCUGGUCAGCAUGGACAGAGCCAGGCGUUCUUUUUUGUUGACUCUGGUGCUUCAACGAGAGAAAAGCGCGCCCACGUGAUGCGUCAUCAUAUUCAGGCUAAGAAAAAACAGACCAUGUUGACCCACCAGUCAGACAGAGAGUCUCGGCGUGAACCUCGUGUAUUUCCGUGGAUGAAGAAGUCCAGUCCGAAUGCCAGGGAGGUUAGUGAAGUGCCAAUUGACAGUGAGUUCAUGGUAAGAAGCAUUCAAUCAAUUUGCUCUGAGCCAAAGGCUGACUGCUGCUGUUGCUGGCAGGCUGCAACACCAAGGCAUUCUGUCUCUUAUGCCGAAAUAGAUCAAUAUAAACGUCUCCCCAGCCCGAGGACAGUGUUAGAUGGCUUCCGGGAUGACCCUUUCAUGACCGUGCCAGUGGACCACAAUGUGGCUUGGGCCGAAGAUCAUUUGUACGAUUUGUUCGUUUCUCGGUUGACUUAUUGGUCGGGUCAGAAUUUACAUCUGAAAGAAAAAGCUUUCAGGGCGGCAAUAAGUCAUCGGACUACCUUUGAAGCACUUGUUUUAGGUUAUUGUGCUCGAUGGAAACCACAUCUAGACGGCACGCCAAAUGACCGAAUGAUUCAAUACUACGAUUCGCGAGUGCAACAGGCUUUGAGCAAUACGAGCCCUGGUGGUUCUGAGCUUGAUGAUGAUUCCUUGUGCUUGACAUUUACAGGACUGAUGCUUCAGGAAGAAAGGUUCGGAGACAAGCACAAGGCGCAGCAAUAUGCGCGGGAAGCGAAGAAUAUACAACUCUAUCGCAAGACACAGCCUAUGGAUACGACUUGCCGUUCUCUUCUUUUUUUCAUUCUGUGCGUUAUGAGCCCGCCCUCGAUGGGUAUUGGUAUGGAUGAAAAGCUGAAGCUCGUGGACUUCCUGCGUACGGGUGAUCGGGUCAUGAUAGAGCAGACGGCCGAGGACUACCUGACCGAUGUUCCACAGCGUGCGACAACCUUUCAUUUCGAUAGCCCAUUGUAUCAAUUGUUGUCGAGCGGACCCCGGCCUAGCCAGGUUCCCAUGGAAAGCCGAAAUUAUGUGGUGAACAAGAACACACCGACGAUGGAGCGGUCACGAACUGCAGCACUCAUAUAUAUUGUGCUUGCGCUGUAUCACUAUCGGGCAUCGAGAAACCAAACAGCCCGUUUCCUCGACCAUCUGCACCAGAUCAUCCGGGACCGUGAACUUGACCGCAACCCGGCGUGUGAAUCAUUCAUGUUUUUCUUGGUGGAGGAAAGUUACGACGCCGAUUUGAGACAGCCUGAUCGGGCUUGGCAAACCAAUGAGCUUCUUAACAUACACAAGAAGCUGCCUCCAGAUUUGCAAUUCCGGUUCAAUGAGACGCUUUUGGGCUAUUUGAUGCUGAUCCCCCCCGUUAAUCUUGUGGAUGACUUUGAAGGGGACCUUAACAGCGCGGUGUAUGGGAUGAACCGGUGAUCCAGUUUGCAUUGACAGUUUCAUGAACCGCGCAUAACGAGUAAAUGAGUAAAUGCGUCGACUGUCGAUGGUAUGGAGCGACAUUGCUGAACAUCGAGUCCGCAAUGACGCAAUAUAUGAGGUUCCAUUGAGAUUGGCUACACACCUAGUGACGAACGCCAAGAACGACUGUAGCUGGGAGUAGCAAUGGGAGAUC